AAUCCUGUUUCCAUGGACAACACGUCCAUCAUUACACAGGUUGCAAAUCCAAAGGAGGAGGAAAUCAAUUCAUCUAGUCUAGAAAAAGUCGCCCAGACCAACAGCAGCCUAAAGAAACACCGGAGCAGGAGCAUCUUCAGCCCCUUCUUCUGCUGCUUCCGCAACUACAAUGUGGAGGCACCGGUUCAAAACGCCAAGCUGUGCACGCUGCCUCCACCUGCCGAGGAGAACGAAGGCUCUCCUAAGUGUGAUCAGGUCCAGAGCCUCCCCGUCCCCAGUUCUCCAGCCAAAUACCUCCUGCCUGAAGUCAGCAUCACCGACUACGGCAAGAACUGUGUGGUGAUCGACCUGGAUGAGACCCUGGUGCACAGCUCCUUUAAGCCCAUCAGCAAUGCAGAUUUUAUUGUCCCAGUGGAGAUUGAUGGAACCAUCCACCAGGUGUACGUAUUGAAGAGGCCUCAUGUGGAUGAGUUUCUGCAGAAGAUGGGUGAACUGUUCGAAUGUGUGCUCUUCACAGCCAGCCUAGCGAAGUAUGCUGACCCCGUAGCGGACCUGCUCGAUCGGUGGGGUGUGUUCCGCUCCCGUCUCUUCAGGGAAUCCUGUGUUUUCCACAGAGGAAACUACGUCAAAGACCUCAGCCAGCUGGGCCGACAACUCAGCAAAGUCAUUAUUGUGGACAACUCGCCUGCCUCCUAUAUCUUCCACCCGGAGAACGCGGUGCCGGUGCAGUCGUGGUUCGACGACAUGACGGAUACGGAGCUGCUGGAUCUGCUGCCUCUGUUCGAGGGUUUGAGCCGAGAGGAGGACAUUUACAGUGUGUUACAGAGUCUGAGGGCCAGGUAGCACUGGUACGACAUCCCUGAGCCUAGACUGCUGUCUUCUUAGACAUACUCGAACCUGCACCAGUCAUCAGGACACGCCGUAGCCUUUAGAAGGCGCCAGUGGCUCACAGUGAAGGACAAAACGGACGUCAGCUAACUGGAUGGACUCCAUAAAUGGAUGGACGCUCGCCAUGCUGUCUUUCAAGUUUAUUGGACCAUUCACCAACCGGAGACACUGGCAAGGAUACUGUGUACAUACUCCAAUUUUCUAAACUUAAGAACCAUAGGAAUGAACACUAAUAAAUUUUUCUAAGGAA